AGUCAACGUCAUAAAAUUCCGAAAUUGUUACGUUUUGUCUUUUGUAUAGGUAUUGAUUUUAUCUUUAUCGAUUUAUAUAAAGUAUCUGAUCACCUUUAUUAAUUAAAAUAAGAUAUAAUAAAGGUGUACUGGACAUAUUCAAAUUUGAGAAAAGUUUUCUCCAAGACUCCUAACUUCAAUAAGUCAAAUGGAAAAAGCUCCUCAAGAAAUAGUGGAGCAGGAUUUACAAGAGGAAGGUCAAUUCGUAGUUGACGAUGUUAGCAAAAUAAUCAAGGAUGCAAUUGAAACAGUCAUUGGGGGCAAUGGAUAUCAGCAAAAUAAAGUCAACAACUGGACUACCUCAGUUGUUGAGGCGUGUACCUCUGAACUCACAAAGCUCAUGAAACCUUAUAAAUAUAUUGUAACAUGCACCAUAAUGCAAAAGAAUGGAGCUGGAUUACACACAGCAAGUUCCUGUUAUUGGGAUAAUAAUACAGAUGGUAGCUGUACAGUUCGUUGGGAGAAUAAAACUAUGUUUUGCAUUGUAUCUGUUUAUGGACUUGCUAUAUAAUCAGUUAUUUUUAGGUAGUUCCAUUGCCUUAUUACAAUAUAAUUGAUAUGUUUAUCACUAUAAAACUAAGUUAAAUUAUUCUAGUAAUUAUUGAUAUAGUUUGAUAUAUUUGUACUAUUGAUUUUCUCCAUUGCAUAUCUGCUUUUAAGUUGAUUUUAUAAGUGCCACUAGAUUCAUAUCUGUAUGUUCUGUAGUAAAUGUGCUUUUAUUAAGUACUUAAUCAACUGAUUAGCACUGUAUCAGAAAGCUUAAUUUGGGUAUUAUGUGAAUAUGCUGUUUUCUCUCUUCUGAAUCCAAUAAAACAAUUGACAUUA